CUCUACGCGAAUUAAGGACUAUGUGGACUUUUACAGUACUCCUGGUUUUUACAGCGAUAUGCGGAACCAAUAGUGAACCAGUUUGGAGCAAGCCGACUGAAAAAAGUAUAAGACAAAAACGACUGCUCUUUUACGAUGAACAAGGUCAAUUAGUGAAAACCUAUGGAAGCCCUUUAUAUCAUUUUGGUCAGCGGGAACAAGAAAAUUUGUUUCACUGGAGUUUCUUGAACAUGUUUCUAAGUCCAGUAUUUCCGACAACGCUAGGCAGGAAUUCCAUUACAUACAUGGUCCCAGUAUCCGACGCAGUAAUACAUCAGAUCGAUAAGGAUCCGUUCUACCAGAAUAAAGUCUUCGUACUCACGUAUAAGGAUCCAGUAGUAGAGACAAAUCCUCUCUGCGCUGGUAAGAGAACCCAAAUUCCGUCCCCAAAAAUGUGCAACAACUUCCUGAAUUGCUGGGACGGCUGGGCCGUCGAGCAGGAAUGCCCCGCAGAUCUUCUGUUCUCUUCUGAAGGCUUCUGCGAUUAUCCUUAUAACGUCGAUUGCAAUAAUAGAAAAGUACCAGAGCGUCCGGAGCCAGCAUGCAAAACUGACUUCGAAGUGUUUUCGAGUCGAUUCAAUUGCAGUGAAUUCUUCGUGUGCGUCAACAGCAUUCCAGUUAAGUUCCAGUGCCCUGCUGACCUUGCCUACAGCGAGUAUUUAGGUGUUUGCGACUAUCCGUACAGAGUUGAAUGCAACACUACUGAGGCAACAAAACCCUCAAUCACACAAUCAACAGAAGUUCCAGAGGUAUUUAUGAGCUCGACUUCCCCAGUCAGUACCAUGGCGCCAACUUCAACAUCCUCCGUGUCAACAGAUCAGAAUGUAAUCAAUAAGAUGGAAUAUAACAUGCAUAGUUGGACAUCAACUCACGUUGCCAUCUCCCGCCAAGACGCGAUAAGACAACUCCAGCAUGAAAAAAUCGCUCAAGUGAAAACGAGGAAAUAAUACAUUUAAUGUCUGGUAGCAUUGCGUCACACUGUGGAUACUUGAUUCAGAAUUCAAAGUUAAAUCUUGUUUCUACAUUACUUUCAAUUUCAUUAUAAAGGUUUUAUAUUCUAUCUACACUUUAAUAUUACAUAAUAUAUAUGGAGGAAAAAAUAAAAACAACCAAUUAGGAUUACAGAUUUAUUUACAAAAAAAAUAAAAAGAGUUUUGCUCUUAGCUAACUUAAACUUAGUUUAAUGACUACUUUAUCCGUUUCAACAUAGCACCAACACGUCGAUGGUACCAUGUCAAAGUAAUCUAAGGAAAAUAUUCGAUAACUUUUGGACAAAAAUUAAUGGUUAUAACAAUGAUACUUAA